AUGGAGAAAACUUCAGAGGGCAUCAACGCAAUAAGAAUUGAACAAGCUCCUCUUCAAAUCUAUUAUUCAGCUCUUUUCUUUGCUCCAGAGAAUAGUAUCAUUCGAAAAACAUUUCAAGAAUAUAUUCCAAGUUGGAUUUACAAAAUAUCAAGGACACGAUCAAAUUGGAGUGCCGCCCUCCAAACGCUCGAGGGUCAUUCGAGUUGGGUUAAUUCAGUUGCCUUCUCACCAGAUGGUACAAAAGUAGCUUCGGGCUCUCACGAUAAUACAAUCCGGCUUUGGGAUGCAGUGACGGGCGAAUCGCUUCAAACGCUCGAGGGUCAUUCGGGUUCGGUUUGGUCAGUUGCCUUCUCACCAGAUGGUACAAAAGUAGCUUCGGGCUCUCACGAUAAUACAAUCCGGCUUUGGGAUGCAGUGACGGGCGAAUCGCUUCAAACGCUCGAGGGUCAUUCGAAUUCGGUUUGGUCAGUUGCCUUCUCACCAGAUGGUACAAAAGUAGCUUCGGGCUCUUACGAUAAAACAAUCCGGCUUUGGGAUGCAAUGACGGGCGAAUCGCUUCAAACGCUCGAGGGUCAUUCGGGUUCGGUUUGGUCAGUUGCCUUCUCACCAGAUGGUACAAAAGUAGCUUCGGGCUCUUACGAUAAAACAAUCCGGCUUUGGGAUGCAGUGACGGGCGAAUCGCUUCAAACGCUCGAGGAUCAUUCGAGUUGGGUUAAUUCAGUUGCCUUCUCACCAGAUGGUACAAAAGUAGCUUCGGGCUCUCACGAUAAUACAAUCCGGCUUUGGGAUGCAAUGACGGGCGAAUCGCUUCAAACGCUCGAGGGUCAUUCGGAUUGGGUUAAUUCAGUUGCCUUCUCACCAGAUGGUACAAAAGUAGCUUCGGGCUCUUACGAUGAUACAAUCCGGCUUUGGGAUGCAAUGACGGGCGAAUCGCUUCAAACGCUCGAGGGUCAUUCGGAUUGGGUUUGGUCAGUUGCCUUCUCACCAGAUGGUACAAAAGUAGCUUCGGGCUCUUACGAUAAAACAAUCCGGCUUUGGGAUGCAAUGACGGGCGAAUCGCUUCAAACGCUCGAGGAUCAUUCGGAUUCGGUUACGUCAGUUGCCUUCUCACCAGAUGGUACAAAAGUAGCUUCGGGCUCUCAAGAUAAAACAAUCCGGCUUUGGGAUGCAAUGACGGGCGAAUCGCUUCAAACGCUCGAGGGUCAUUCGGGUUCGGUUUGGUCAGUUGCCUUCUCACCAGAUGGUACAAAAGUAGCUUCGGGCUCUCACGAUAAAACAAUCCGGCUUUGGGAUGCAAUGACGGGCGAAUCGCUUCAAACGCUCGAGGGUCAUUCGAAUUCGGUUUUGUCAGUUGCCUUCUCACCAGAUGGUACAAAAGUAGCUUCGGGCUCUCACGAUAAAACAAUUCGGCUUUGGGAUGCAAUGACGGGCGAAUCGCUUCAAACGCUCGAGGGUCAUUUGGGUUCGGUUACGUCAGUUGCCUUCUCACCAGAUGGUACAAAAGUAGCUUCGGGCUCUUACGAUAAUACAAUUCGGCUUUGGGAUGCAAUGACGGGCGAAUCGCUUCAAACGCUCGAGGGUCAUUCAAGUUUACAGGCAUCCUCAGCCUUUGAACGGUACUUUAUAUCAAAUCAUUGGGUAGCUGAAAGAUUAGAUAAAGAAGUGCGAAAUAUUUUUUGGCUUCCUCCAGACUAUCGGCCAACUAGUACAUAUUUUUGUAACGGUGUUAUGGUCAUGGCAUUUUCCACCGGUGGCAUUUUCUUUCUAAAAUUUGAGUGA